AUGCAGAAAGAUGCUGGGGUGUUAGUGGACCUGUACAUGCUGUGGAAAUGCUCCUCCAGCAGCUGCAUCAUGAGCGCCAAGGACCAUGUGUCCAUCCAGAUGAAUGUGGCUGAAGUUGACAAGGUGACAGGCACGUUCAACAGCCAGUUUAAAACUUACACUAUCUGUGGAGUCAUUUGUAGGAUGUAUGAAUCAGAUGAGUCCGUCCUCUGCCUGGCCGAGGCCAACAGCAUCAUUUCAAAGAACUUCUGACUGGAGAGGAUCAUGGAUGUGGAAUAUUUGUCAUAAAUAAAUAGCAAAACCUCCCCCCAAAACGUGUUCAGUUUUAUCAGCAUCCCAAAUAUAUAUGUCCAGGUAAUUUUCAGGAUGUGCUCCCCCCCCCCCCCCGCCGCAUUGGGA